GGGUCCGCUGAUAUUAUUACCAUCAUCACGCGACAUAGAACCGGUCCUUAUCUUCGGCUUUCUCCUCACCCUUCGAUCAGAUGGAAGUAUCUGUUGUUCUCACCUUCCAUCUAACGCAGUCGUCAUCAUGUCACCAUCUCAUUGAUGAUUGUAAACAAUAUGAGGAUGACUCAUAUAUCUUUCGAACGUCUGUGUUACUAACCACCCCAAUGACUGCUCAGAUACCAACGACAACACGUUCGUACUACUUCCCCACUCGGGGAUCAUACAAGAAUCUCGUUCUGCAGACCACGCCCCUUCCGGCCCUCCGAUCCACAAAUGUCCUCGUCAAAAUACAUGCUGUAUCAUUGCAGUAUCGCGACCUCAUUGUGGCAUCGGGACAAUACCGUAUAAGCAGAGUGCAGGAUAAUCUUGUCCCAUGCUCCGACAUGGCAGGCGAAGUUAUCGCAACUGGCUCAGAUGUGACGCGCUGGAAAGUCGGCGACAGAGUAUGCGCCAAUUUCUCGACAGACCACCUGGACGGGGACGUCACUGCUGAGAUAUUGGAUACUUCACUUGGAGGAGGGCAGCACGGGGUGUUGACUGAAUACAAGGCUUUCCCGGACUAUUGUUUAGUCAGAAUCCCCGAGCACCUGUCUUACGAAGAGGCGUCGACUUUGCCGUGCGCUGCUCUGACAGCGUACAAUGCUCUUCUAGGACCUAAGCCGGUCAAAGCAGGUGAUAGUGUUCUCAUCUUGGGAACUGGCGGAGUGUCCACUUUUGGAUUACAACUCGCCGUCGCCUCAGGUGCUACUGUUAUAACUACUUCUUCCUCCGAUGCCAAGCUGGCUAUCGCGAAGAAGCUAGGCGCAGCGCACACAAUCAAUUAUAACACUACGCCGGACUGGGAUAAGGAAGUACUCAGGCUCACCGAAGGAAGGGGCGUUGACCAUAUCUUGGAGGUCGGAGGACCGGGAACGCUUGAGAAGUCGAUAGCAUCUGUGCGUUACGCAGGAUACAUCCAUAUCAUUGGAUUCGUGGCGCAGAACCCGGCCGCCCUAACGAGUGUCAUUGGACCUUGUAUCGGAAAAGCUAUUACCCUUCGAGGGAUUCUUAUCGGCUCCGUUGCACAAUUCGAAUCCAUGAACCGACUACUCCGAGCCCAUCCUGAGAUUACGCGCCCGGUAAUCGACAAGGUGUUCAAGUUUGAAGAAGCUAUUGAGGCCUACGCUUAUUUAGAGAGCCAGAAGCACGUUGGAAAAGUUGUUAUCCAGGUUGAGAGCGAAUAGUAGUAGUCUUGUUCAAAACUUUUGUAUAACUAAUUAAAUAAUGUAAUGGUACUCUCUAUCAUUUAAG